UACCCGAUUAAUGCGCCGCCGCAGGACCGCCCGGUACGGCUGUACUGCGACGGCAUCUACGACCUGUUCCACUACGGCCACGCGCGUGCCCUGGAGCAGGCCAAGAAGUCGUUUCCAAACGUGUACCUGAUGGUCGGGAUGUGCAACGACGCCGAGACGCACUCGCGCAAGGGCAAGACGGUGCUGACAGAGAACGAGCGGUACGAGUCGAUGCGCCAUUGCCGCUGGGUCGACGAGGUCAUUACCGAUGCCCCAUGGGUGAUCACACAGGAGUUCAUUGACGAGCACGAGAUUGACUUUGUCUGCCACGACGACCUGCCGUACGCCAGCUCCGAGUGCGACGAUGUCUACGCCUUUGUCAAGGAUCAAGGCCGCUUCCUGCCGACUCAGCGCACUGAUGGCGUGUCGACGUCUGACCUGAUCACCCGCAUUGUGCGCGACUACGACAAGUACCUGCGCCGCAACCUGGAGCGCGGAAUGAGCCCCAAGGAACUCAACAUUUCGUUCCUGAAGGAGCAGGAGCUGAACAUCCAAAAGCAUAUGGCCGAGAUCCGCGAGCAGAUC